UUUUUUUUUCUCACUGUUUUUAUUUUAUUUUAUUUUAUUUUAUUUGAUAUGGCUCAUUUUCGUUGUCCUUCGUCUUCAAUUGUUGGUAACAAUACAGGAAGAUAUACAUAUCCUUCCGGAGAUACCGUUCAAUACAAUAGUACCUCCCCUCCUUCUCAUAUUCUUUUGAAUGAACCUAGACUUUCUACUUUACACAGCCUUGAUAAUAGCAACGAUGAUAAUGAUUCUUCAAGUAGUGAUGAAUCUACUUCUUCUUCUUCUUCCUCAACUAUACUCGCUUCAAGAACUUCAACUCGACCAUUAAACUUAUCCACUUCAGGAAACUCCUUAUCAACAUCGGGAUAUGACCAAGAUGCCUCAAGAACAACUCUACCAGCAACUACCCUAGCCUCAACUAGUAAUAACAACUUUGAAGACGAAGAAGAUCGACGAUGUUGGAUUUGUUAUGGAGAAGAUGCUGAUUCUGAAGGAACUUGGGUAUCACCUUGUCCUUGCUCCUUAGUUGCACAUGAAAAAUGUUUAUUGGAUUGGAUUACUGAGAACCAAAAGGGCUCACCUAGAAAAAUCGUUCAUUGUCCUCAAUGUGCUUCAGCUUAUUCCUUAUAUGAAAAUGCCAAUUGGAUCUUGUCUUUUCUUGGCAUGGUUGAUGAAACGGUACAUACUGUCACGCCAUAUAUUACCUCACUUGGUCUUGGGCUUUCACUUCUUGUAGUAACAACAACAUAUGGUGCUUUCUCUGUUCUUCUUUUAUUUGGUACUCGUGAAGGGGAAAGACUUUUAGGCUCACCAGCUUCUUGGACAUGGCGUUCUUGGGUAGGACUUCCUUCUAUUCCUUUGGCUUUGUUAUCAACUCGUUCUCGAUGGGCUGAUUCGACUUUACCUUUUGCGGCUUUUCUAUUCCUGCGCAUGUCAGCUGCGUCCUCCCAUGGAAAUCAUCCUUCUUCACCCUUCUUAUCAACAUUUCCUUUUGCCUCGUCUUCCAGUGUUUCGACAUUACCUCAUCUCCAAUUCACCUGGCCACCUACUCCACUUGCUACCUUGGGUAUUCUUCCAUGGGUCCGAUUACUUUAUAAUAAUCUUUACUACGCUGCUCAAAGCCUGAUUUCUCGGCAAUUAUCAUUGAAAGGGGUGCAACGUCAACAACAACAGGAUCAACAUCGACGACAACAUAGCAACAACAGUCGAGUGGUGGUCAUUGAUAAUCAGACUGUGAAUCGUAUAGAUAAUGAUCCUACCACCAUGAUUGAACAACAACCAAGUCCUACUGAACGUAGUACUGAACUGGAUAUUCUUUUGGGACGUGGUCCUCCAAGUGUUGCUGGUCUCUUUAUGGGCACUUUCUUAUGGCCUGUCAUUGGUAGUCUUUCUGGAUUAUGUUUAUCUCAAGUCAAAUGGAUCCGUGAUCGUCUUCCUGAACCUUUUCAUCGAAAUAUCAUUGGUGGAUGUCUCUUCGUUGUUAUCAAGGAUGUUGGAAGUCUUAUUUACCGAUAUCAGAAAGUACGGCAAUAUCGAUCACGCCGUAUUCGAAAUUACAGCGAAAUCAAACACAAGGAAUAGAUAUGAUACUCUUUUUUUUUAUUUUUUUUUUUUUAUUAUAGUUUAGUUUAUUAUCUGUUGUACAUUGAUCCCCCCCUCAUCAUUUUUAUAUACCAAAAUAAAACUGUACAAAAAAAUAAUAAUGAUAUUUAUCGUUUUUUAUUUCAA